AUGUUGCCACAAUCCCGGGUGCGUACGAGACCAACCAAAGGGUCGUCAACUCCAAAGACUUGCGAUGAGUAUGAUCUACAAAACCUUUUCUGUAAGGUGCAGGUUGAAUGAUCGGUGGAGACCCACAAGUAGAGGUUUGGGUGCAAGCUUCCGGAUUAUUGUUUCCUGUAGAGCAAGAAUCGUUGACCCACAAGUUAAGGCUGCUGUGUAGCUUUAACGUAUGUGAAUUAUUCAUUAGUAGGUUGGCCUCUGUAACAUACGAUUAAUUUGUUGUCGAAUCUUUUGUGACUGAGAUGUAGACGGAGACCAACCAAUGGGUUCUCAACUCCGAAGACUUGCGAUGAGCAUGACCUACAAAAACCAAGGGGGAAGGAGGUGUUCGACGAUGGAUGAGAGCCAAAAGGAUCAGCUAGUCUGCUUGUUAAGGCAGGCAUUCAGGUUGCUUUAGUUUCGCAGUAGAAAUCUGGAGGCGAAGGCGUACGAACGAGUUGUGCGCACCAUAUAGCAACUGCACCAUAUAUAUUUAGUGGUCGGUGAGAACGUAGCGAAAGGAGCGGCUCCCUUUGGCGUGUUAAGGAUAUGGCGGCUCCUUCCGGCAUCCAACCGCAGACGCUUGCUGCUGAUGCACAUCGCGCAGGUGGCGGUGGAUCAGAGGAGCCACCGCAUGCCCUGGACGUGGCACGCUUCCGUGGGCUGAACUCGCUCAUCCACCGUGCGAACGUGGACGUGGACGAACUCCUGCAAUUGGUAGGGCGGGAUAACCGCGUGAACCUCAUGAAUGAUUCCCUGCUCAGCUUCGUCAUCGCCUGCAAGAAGCCCAAGCUCGCCGUCCGCCUCAUCAACAAAGUAUCAGAUACCAUGCUCACGGCUUCCAACUACGACGGCGACACGGCGCUUCACGUAGCUGCCGCCAUGGACGACCAAGAAGUGGCCUCGGAGCUGAUCCGCAGGGUGCCAGAUCUCGUUCAUGUGCGGAACGCGAAAAUGGAGAUACCGCUACAUAAGGCGGCCCUGUACGGGCUGCAGGACACGUUCAAGCUGCUGGUCGAGAAUGGCAGCUCACCGGAUGCCCGGAGGGAGGACGGCGCCACCAUGCUGCACUGUGCCAUCAUGGGCAAUGCGCCGGAGCUCGCAUUGCAGAUUGCAAGGUAUUAUCCAGGUCAGAUCACAAACGUCGAUCAGCAUGGUGUAACCUCGUUGGAUCUAAUGUUGACCAUUCCCGGGUUAUUCCGAAGCCAAACUCUCCUUGGCUUCUUCGAAUCCAUCCUAUAUGUCAUUUUCACUUCAGUGGUUCCAUCGGAAGAGGGCUGUGGCAAGACAGACGAAAAAGAUGCAGAAGAGGAAGCGAGAAGCUCUAACGAUAUUGUCUCGGAUGCACGACGUGACUACGAAUCCUUGGAGAGGUCGAGAGGAAUUCGUUCAAGAUUCCCACCUCACUAUGACACUCUCUUGGACCUAUUGGAAUUGAUUUGCAUCUUAGCCAGAUGGGGCCUUUUCCACCUUCUAAAGCUGUACUUAAUUCUCACAGUUUACCCUCCCAUGAAACGUUUGAAGGAGCAAAAGAGACGACAUCGAGCAGCUUUGGAACUCAUCGAGUGCUGUGCCCAACCAAUCAACUUUGACCUAUUUGGGCUAAUACAUCAACCCGUUGGUGUUCGCCCUAAUUAUUAUAACGAAGAAAAUCGUUUGGGAGGGAUCGUACACUCUGCAUGUCCCCCACAUGAAACACCAGUAUCACCGGAGUCUGAACCAGUGUCACGAAAGUCUGAGACGACACCCUUGAUCAAAGCUGCAGAGAUAGGUCUUCACGAGUUCGUGGGCAAGAUCCUGCAGGUGUGCCCACAGUCAGCAACCUACCUGGACGCCAAGGGCAGAAAUGUUCUCCAAGUCGCAGUCAAGUAUCGUCGCAAGGAGAUUGUCAAGAUAAUAAGGAACAUGAGAACCAUUUUACCAUCCUGGUUAUUUUCCAGAAUCGACUCUGAAACCGGGAACACCAUCCUGCAUCUUGCUUCGGAUGGAAGCCCUGAUGUAGCAAAGGAAGAGCAAGACGAACCGGAUGCAAUGCAACUGUUUUACGAUUUACUAUGGUUUGAGAUGGUGGAAUCAAUUAUUCCUAAAGAACUAGUGCAUAGUCGAAAUACGAAAGGAAAGACAGCGCGAGAGCUCUUUACUUCGAGCCACAAACAGACGCGCAACAGCUGCAAGCAACAACUAGUAGGGCUUGCAAAGUCAUGUAUAGGCGCUCUGGCAGCUGUGGUCUUCGUCAUGAGCUCCUCCUUCUUCCGCACGGAUGAUCCAAAAACUAGAGAUUCACCCUUGUUCAAGGACUUGUCACAAGCGUACGUGAUCGGGUUGUCAUCCGGGGCAUUAUCUGUGUUAUUGUUGCUGUCCCUCGUCCAUGCAUCGUACAAUGAGCAGGAGUUCCGCCGUUCCAUUCCAAUCAAAUUUAUCUUAGCCAGCUUCACAUAUAGCACGGCGAUGAUGUAUCUGUUGCUGGCCUUCUUAAUCAACACUUUCCUGCAGAUAUAUGGCGAGGGAGAAAAGGAAAAGCAGUUGAACAAAUUCAUGCUGGAGGUCAUCGCCAGUGCACUUUUAUCUUUCUUCGUCUUUCCUGACGCCAUAUUUCGUGCAUUUCUUCCUCUUUCCCUCCACAUCUAUCCAACAACCAGCCCUACAUAAUACUUUCAAGUGUUCUUCCGAUCUGCAUUGUUGCGCGUGCUUUCACUAGAUUUGCAAGUUCUAGCAUUUCAAUAAUCAUAGAUACGUUUAUGUACCAGCAGUUCUGAGUGCACAAAACUGGAUGUCAAUGUGUUUCGAGUUUGCGUGUGAAAUUUUAUGGUCGAUAUCCGACUUUUCAGUUGUCUUGGCUUGAAUGUUCAGAUAUUACACUAUGAUUAUGACUUU